AUGCGUUAUUCGGCCAGUCCCCUUGCCCUCCUUGUGACUCUUGCCGCAUCGUCGAGCUUGUCUGGCGUCCUCGGUGCUCCCGCUAGUGAUAACGGUGUUCAGGCAGCUAAUGAUCAUGAAGGCCAUCACUCUCAUACCCAUGUUCCAGGAUCCCAUGUCCACCAUGGCACCCACGCGCACGAUCCCGCAAACGCCCACGGUCACCACAAACGCCAACCUGUCUACGCGCACGGCCAUUCGAAAUCAUCGCACAACCAUUCGAACCCACCGCACGGUCAUGACGCACGCGGGCUCUUGGACCCAGUGACUUCUCUCCUGAGUGGCCUUCUUGCGUCCCUACAAAAUCUUUUGGACGGGACUCCUUUGGACAACGAAACAGCCGCGGUACUGGCAGACACCGUGCAAAAAUUGCAGGACAUACAUCCUGAAUUGAGCACACUAGGAAGUACUGUAUCGGGUUUAACAGGCGGCCUUACUUCAGGCAGCCUUGGUUCAGGUAUUUCAGGAAUAGACGGCCUUACUUCAUCACUACCAGGAACACAAGGAGAACUCCCAGGCCUUUCACCCCUUCCACAGCUAGCAGUUCCGGCUGCGAAGCCCAAUGUGUCGCCUGCUAACGUGACUAGUGCCAUACCCAACGUAUCACCUGCCAACGUGACCAGUGCUAUACCACCUCUACCAGUUAACGCAUCCGCGGUGGUACCCGCUACCACAUCUGCUCCCGCGCCCAGCCCACCAGCCCAGACCCCGGCCGCUGCAGAUCGUUUCAUUUAUCUGGAAUGAUAGCAUGUCUGUCUGGUUCGUCGUGUAUGUAAACAAGUUGUAUUUGGUCCAAUAUCACAUUCUUUAUGGC